UGACGUUGACACAAAUAUUAAUCGGUGGUGGUUGGAGGUAACUUGUGUUGUCGCUUUACAACAAACUGUAACACGGUGUUUUAACUUAUUAUUUGAAACACUGGCGCAAAAAAUUAAGUUCCAUUAUAUAUUAUAUGAAAAACUGGCAUAAACUUAAUAAAUUGGACGAAGUUCGACGUUGACUUGUUACUUAAAAUCGAAGUUAGAAAACAAACAGAAAAAUGGAUCAAAUGCUACCAAGCCCGUAUAACAUACCUGGGAUAGGCACUCCUUUACAUCAGCCUGAAGAGGACCAGCAGAUCUUGCCAAAUGCUAUGCAACAGCAGCAUCAGCACCAACAACAGCAACAACAACAUUCCUUAGCUGCGAUGGGUUCAUCACCACUUGUCGGAUUCGGCUCAUCAUUAAUGGGAACUCCUCAAAGAUCAGUUCAUACUUACGCACCAGCCGCCAGUUAUGCCACACCUCAACAAAUGAUGCAGCCUCAGACACCACAAAACCUUAUGUCACCGAUGAUUACAAGUGGCAGCUUGGCUGGCCAGCAGAUGCUCAGUCAAGCCAGUCCAGCACCCAUGACACCCAUGACUCCACAUUCUGCAGACCCUGGCAUUUUACCACAAUUACAAAAUAUUGUAUCAACUGUCAAUCUAAAUUGUAAAUUAGACUUAAAAAAAAUUGCUUUACACGCAAGAAAUGCAGAAUAUAACCCAAAGAGAUUUGCUGCAGUUAUUAUGAGAAUACGAGAACCCAGGACUACAGCUUUGAUAUUUUCAUCAGGCAAGAUGGUGUGCACUGGUGCCAAGAGUGAAGAAGAUAGCCGACUAGCGGCCCGAAAAUAUGCAAGAAUUAUACAGAAACUUGGUUUUACAGCAAAAUUUUUAGACUUUAAAAUCCAGAACAUGGUUGGAAGUUGUGAUGUAAAGUUCCCGAUUAGGCUUGAGGGCUUGGUACUCACACAUGGUCAGUUCAGUUCUUAUGAACCCGAACUAUUCCCUGGACUGAUUUAUAGAAUGGUAAAACCAAGAAUAGUAUUAUUGAUCUUCGUGUCUGGAAAGGUGGUCCUAACAGGAGCAAAAGUACGAGAAGAAAUUUAUGAGGCCUUUGAUAAUAUAUAUCCCAUAUUAAAAAGCUUUAAAAAGCAAUAAUG